ACAACCCUCCUCCACCUAUCAUGUUAUGUUUUAUGCAUAAGCAUUAAUCUCCUGAUUCUGCUCUACGUCCCACUAUGAACUGCGGAUUUUCUCUUUGUCUGUCUUCUCGUUCCUCCUUGCUCUCCACUUUAUCUCUACGAAGAGGAGACUUCAUGCCUAUAGAGGAGAAUGAAGUAUAUGAAUUUAAGAUGCACACCAACUUCACGUUUGAAGAGCUGCCAAACUGGAUAAAAGAAGGGGAAAAGAAAGCAACAAGGAGACCAAUCUCAAGAAACAUUAAUGCUUUUCUUAACUCUGGAAGGGGAGGUAUGAUUUUCCUUGGUAUUAAUGAUGACGGCUUCAUUAUAGGCAUCAAUAUGUCUGAAUCUCAAAAAGAGCAUUUAAGAGUUGCACUGGAAGAUGUGCUUAGCAGGUACACCCCACCAGUCCCUCUAUCUCUUUAUCAAUUGACAUUCCUUCCUGUGCUUGUACCUGAUGGUCAAAAGGCUGCACACACUACCAAUCCAAUACAAAGUGAUUUUAAGCCUCAUCUUGUAAGGACUAAUAGACCAUGCUGGUGUUCAAUACUACGCUUGAAAAGGGAAGAUAGGGAGAGAAUCCCUUUAUAUGUAGCACAGAUAACCGUCAAACCAGUUGUGAAGAUAAAGAUAGUUAGACAGCUGUACCUCAAUGAAGAGGACAAGUGCUUUAUAAGGAGAUCAGCCUCAGUCCAUGCUUGUUCAGUCAGUGACAUUAUUAGAAGAACAAAAGAGGAAGUGGCUGAAUAUUAUCUUAAGAAAGAAGCCAUUAGUCUUUCAAGCACUCUUUGAAGCAUUUUUUUGUGUCUGAGUCAAGCAUACAGCAAUGAUCAACUCAUUCAACUGCAGUGUAUAUUAAUGUUUAGUUUGUAGAGUUUAUACAUUCACUGAGUUCAUUUAUUUUAUAGCACUUUAGCACAGGAUUCUGCAAACAGUAA